AUGGAUAAAUCCUUGCACCGCACCGAUUACUGCUAUCUAAUGCCGUUGUUCUUUCCGAGGAAAUAUGGCCAUCGGGAACGGGAACUUGGCACUGGUACGACAGCCACAGUGAGUCUGUAUACUCACAAGCAGCGGUAUUACGCGGUCAAGGUAAUUUCCAGAGACGACGGCGAAUCUCGAAAAGAUCAUCUAGCACGAGUACAUAAAGAGGUGGAAAUCCAUCGAGCAUUGGGUAAGCACAUCAAUGUGGUUGAUUUUGUCGAAUUCUUUGUUGUGAAUAGACGUCCAUACUAUGUGGAAGAGUUUUUGCCCAUAAGCGUAUCGUUUGUUCGACCUGUUCAGGACCUGGAGUCCAGACUGUGUCUUUUCAAACAGUUGGUACACGCAUUAGAUUAUUUGCAAAAACAGAACAUCAGUCACCGAGACGUCAAGUUGGCGAACUGCAGGCUCACGAAAGGGGGCAUAUUGAAAAUCAUAGAUUUUGGAUCUUCGAUCUACGGAAACGAGGGAAUUGGAGUAGCCGGAAGCAAAGGGAUGGUGGCACCGGAAGUUCUUCGAAAUCUACGGUAUGAUUCGUUCCUGUCGGACGUAUGGUCUUUGGGGGUGGUUUUUGUGGAGCUCAUGGGCCAGAAAACAAAAUGGAAGGAGGCCUUAUGGAACGAUCCAGCUUUUGAACAGUACACUAAAACCGGCAAUGUCGACCAGGUUGCAGAACAUAUGCACGAAUUUUCCGGGCUUGUUUUGGCGAUGCUUCAAAUAAAUCCACAAAUGAGAAUAGCGCUUUGCGAUCUGCUCAAAACUGAAAUUGUGGGUCAAAUCAAGUGUUGCGGUCCAGCCAACGCUCUUCAUUCUCACUAG